CGAUAUAUUAAUAGGCAUGUUUUGAACACGCUGAUAGGGGAUAUUGUGCGUUAAAUGAUCAUGGCCGUGAGAUAGUGUAAAUACUAUAAGCUCAUGAAUGGAUCGUAAAUGCGAUAAAGAUAAAUUGAUAUAAUAUUAAACAAUAAUGCAUGUGUCAGAGCACAAUACUUUAGCCAGUUAUAAAGCCGCCAGCGGUGCGCUACCACCGCUCGUAGGAUCUAAAGGUAAUUCAGUGUUCAACUUAAAACAGACCGGAAAAUGUGGACCUAACCCUGUGCCUGCGACCACAGCGACCAUGGUGAGCCAGAACCAGCGAGGCUCCAGCUCCAAGAGCCUCAUCUACCGGAGCAUACCACCCAAGCCGCACACCUUCACCCUCUCUGAUAUGAUCGGUGAGUCCCUCUCCCAGAACAGGGUCAACAAGAAGCUCGGACUCACUGGCAGCUCCUCCUCGGAGUUUGCAAAGCGCUUUAUAUCGCGGCCUACAACGCAACCUAAAGUGAUUGAAUUCAAUGUGGGGAAAAUAUCUGCCCAGAAACGCCGACGGGGAAUCAAUGGAUUUUUCCCGCCGGUUAAACUUCGAGGAACGUCGUCGGCCAAGUUUACGCCGCCUAGCACACAUACGUCGGAGGUAGGCGUCGAGAUACAACGUCACGGCCCGGUUGCCCACGCAAUGUCAGCCCCGCCUGUCCCGACGGCAACGACGACGACGGCGGCGCCGGGUUCCGCCCUCCAGCUCGUGCCCACGUCCUACUCUGAGGUGCGGCCCAAGUCCGCGUCGCGGUCCAUAUCGCGGGCGUCCCGGACAUCGCGCCGCUCGUUACGUCAAACGCCGGAGUCGGUGCGGACAGCGCCUGCGCAAGAUUCGAACAUUGUGUACCCGGAGACAUUUGAGUUCGAUGAACUCAGUACCAUGUUGGGUCCGAAGCGAGUUUUACCAAGACGAGAUUUACCUUGGGUGUUUCGAUACAAGGUGAAACGGAAUAUGAACGAAUUGUCAAAAAUAAUGUCUACUAAACAGCCACCGUUGGUGGAUGUUUGAAGGCCGUAAAAAACAACAACUUAUUAGUUAUAACAUGGGAAUAUGUGUGUUGUAUUGUGCAUAGUGUUAUAACUGGAAUAUGCGCAUAUAAACCUGUGCGAGCAAUACCAUUUAUUCCUACAAUCCAGUCUCGAUCGGUAAUCCGGUCAUUAAUUUGUUUGUUCAGUCUGAAACCAAACUUCACCGAGCACCAGUUUGCUGAUAACUGCGUUUUUUCUCCUUAAUUGAACUCAUCAAUAACACCAAAAUAGAGGAUUGGGGGAGAAACUGUUGCAUUUGCAUGACUAUUUUAUAUAAGAUACGAUAGUUUAAAACUAAAUUACUGAUUGAGAAAUAGACAUGAAAUGUUACCAUUCUCUCAGAUGUUUACUCCUUCUACUUGCUAUUUAAACAUAGCAGACGUUGAAUAUUUUAUUUUCCGAUGUUAUACAAUUUUAGCUUACCUGACCGCAUUGUGCUUUUUGUAAGCUUUUCUGAUCGCCGUUUGCCUGUCGUCGGUCGUGCGUCGUUAACAUGUAUCUUGUUAAAUCUGUAGAUGUCGCAUUUCUUGACCAAAUAUCAUGAAACUUGGUAAGAACACCUCUCCUUACAAUAUCUCAGCCGAGUUUAAAACAGGAUCAUGCUGGGUAAAAAAUGACCACUGGGUUAAAUUAAUGAACAAGUUGGUUAACAUUCCGGGUGUCAGACUGAGCACACGCAUUGCCCAAAUCGUUAUGAAACUUGAUGUGAACAUUUGUGCGAAUGAUAUCGCGAUCGAGUUCGAAAUUGGGUUAUGAGGAUAAAAAACAAGGUCACUAUGCUGACUUGAAAAAAAAACGUUUGAAAACACCCGUUGUCAAAUUUAUCUUAUAUUUUAUUUUUAUAAGUCAUAUAUCUGUCGAUUUCUACACAGGAUAACUGCAAACAGCAGGUCAGAAUUUUUUUUUCGCUCGUCCACAUUGACCCGACAUUCGUGAACUCAAUUAGCAUACUGAUUUCGUAUAAUUAGCAUAACAUUUACAAAUGGAUUCUUUCUUAAUUUUAAUUCGGUUAAUUCGGUUAAGUUCGUGCACUUUUAGCACGAGUUUCAUGAGACCAUAGAGGUCCGUGCAAGGUUAAUAUUGACGAGCUGUACCAUGUCAAUAUUAUUUGCAUAUUACUAGUAUAAUAAACUCAGGCUAGCGGCAGAUGGUCGUCGUGUUUAAAUGAGUCGCGUUCUGAGAAAACUGGGCAUAAUGCAUGUGCGUAAAGUGUCGUCCCAGAUUAGCCUGUGUAGUCAGGCUAAUUAGGGACGACACUUUCCGCCUAAAUUGGAUGUUUGCUAAGAAGAGAUUUCAUUUAAACGAAAAAUGUAAUAUAAGCGGAAAGUGUCGUCCCUGAUUAGAUUGUGCGGAUUGCACAGGCUAAUCUGGGACGACACUUCUCGCACAUGCAUUAUGCCCAGUUUUCUCAGAACACGACUCAAAUGGUACGAUACACUCAAAAUCUAAAGUUACAAUUGUGUUGUAACUAUUGUUGAUGCAUUUAUCGAUUGAUAAGCAGAAGACAUUGAUUGCUUUAAAUCUUUUUUGUAUACAUAUAUAUUAUGUUUUUUGAAUAAUGCCGACAUGUUUGUUGAAAUAUACUUAAACGUCUACUGUGA